CUGUUUACCGGUCAGGUCGCUGCAUGUUUGGGAGUGAUUUGAGGGGUCACUAUAAAUACAUUAGAUCCGCGGAGUCGCAACUGCGCAAGGAUGGCAGAUACGACCACGGUUGAUACGUUGACCGAGGAGGAGAAAGAGUUUCAGGAGAUGAUUGCUCAGAUUGGAGGUAAAGAGAUGAUAUAUUUGGUCAGUGAUGCCGACACGAGUAAAGAGGCGGACGAAGGUAAUGCUGAGAUAAUGCAGGAGUUUAUACGCGACAUGUUCCAAGACAGCAGCCUGGCGAACCUCAAUGGACAACCACGACCCUGUCCCUCAAGUCAGGAUGACAAUACGGCGAGUGAAAAACACAUUUCCUGUGGGACUGGUAGAAGCCAAGAUUUACCUCUAACAACGAGCCCCAAGGAUUUGAAACUGGUGGGAGAGGACGGAGAGAAUGAGAGCCGCCCAGCAUGCAAUGGAAUCGCUCAAAGAACAACAUCGACGCGGGCUAAUAUUUACAGCCUAAAACGAACUAUAGACUCUGCUAUCAUCAUAUUCAUCUUUAGAGAGGCAUUUAUCAGCCAAGGUCCAAACGAGAUGUGCGCAAAAGAGAUCCUGAAGGACAUAAAAGCGCGCACGAAACGUGCCAGAAUCACCCGACCCGCUUUAAUUGGAUUAAUACGCAACACUCAAGAGAGCGCCCAGACACGUCGGUGUGUGCAGCUCCUGGAGCGUCUGAUCCGCUCAGUGUUUCACAAACACUCACCAGAGACAAUAUGGGUCGGCAGCUUCAUUCCGAAGACCGAGGGUGAAAUGCUCAAUAUAAAGAAAAAGGCCUGCAGAGUGAUACACGCAUCUCAAACAACAGAUAAUACCGCGGAUACAGGAAAUCCACUUUUCCGGCCAUUCCAAUGUUGGUUCACUCCUCAAAGUAGAGAACCCAGAGGCCAGGACAGCAACUCUUCAAGCAGCAGGCAACGAGGUGACACUGCAAGAGCAGAGGAAGGAAUCCCUUUGAGAACCAGUACCAUGUCUGCUGAACCUCUUGUGAAUGGGGAACCAGCUGCAAGAGACAGUUGAUGUCAGCACAUGUGACCUGCAUGAUAAUAACUGUGGACAAUCAUGUUUUGACUGUGAGGAAAAAAAUGAUGGCUUUUUUGGUGCUACAGAGCCUUACUACAUGUAACAGUGUCGCUUCAUGGUGCACAAGUUCUCAUCUCUGAGCCAAGAUAAUAUUUGUUUUAAAGCAGCAUGUUUUAGAGGUACACAUUGUCUUGUACAUUUUUUAACAGAAAUCCUAUCAUAGAAACGUGUUCAUCGACGUACAUGGUCGAGACGGUGCUGUGGCAAGGCUAGCCAUCUUAUAGCACUGACAUAAUAUAUAGUCAAGCACAUUACUUGAUGCAACUGGAGAAAAGGACUGCUGCUUCUUAGCCUUGAGAACACCUGGCUCAAUGUGUGUUAACUGUUCGGUGGUAAUUUCAGUAAUAAUUUCUGAGAAUAUUAAAUUCUUGUGCGAGUAAAAAUUGAAUUUCAAGAUCUACAUAAUGUUAUUUUUCAUACUUUAUACACAAUUUUGCAUUUUCCUGUAUGCUUGUGUUGAACUAUUACACUGGGACCAGCCCUGGCUUAGAACAACUGUAGACUUACCCGCUGUGCUGAAAAUUGGAGUUACUGAGGUUCAUAAGGGGCUAACCAGUUUUUCCUUUGCAUCGUGAUUUUUUCCCCUCACUUUAACUUAAUAGGAUCUGAGCCUUACACAAGUCCCUAACUUCUGUGUGGUGCUAUGUGAAAUGUAAAACUCUGCUCGUCAUUUUUAUGUAUUUAUGUAACCUACUGGUCUCUCAAUCCAUAUCAAUAAACACGUUGUGUGAAAGUG